AUGGAACAAAUUUUCAUGAUCGAAGUAUUUGUCAAGAAAAUUGUGUUAAAAAUAGAGCCUCCAGAAAAAGAUGAAUACGAACUCAGAAUGGAAGAAGAGGAGAGGAGAAGAGAAGCUGAAGCUCUUGCGGCGGCAGAAGCAGCUAAAAAAGGCAAAAAAGGAGGAAAGCCGGCGAAACCUAAGAAAGGCAAGAAGGGGAAAGAACCUCCAAUGCCAUCCGAAGAAGAAAUGAAAUUCAUGCAGACGUGUACAAUGCAAAUGAAUUGUUUACCCUUAUUUGACUUUUAUGUCGCACAUGAUAAUUUUAUAGCUCCUCCACCACCACCACCACCAGGUAAGAAAGGUAAGAAACCCCCAAAACCUAAAAAAGGUAAGAAGGGAAAAGCUGCACCAAUAAAAAUUGUUUUGCCAUCCGAACCAUUGCCUCAACCUCCAUACUUUGGUGUAGGCAACUCUGUUAUGUUUCUAUCAAGGCCCUCGAAACUAGAAGAAGUAUUAAGAAAAACGCCAAUUUAUAUAACAGUAUGGAAUCGUGAUCAAGAAAUGAAUUGCAUAGGAUUCUGUGUUGUCGAAUGGCAUGAAUCUUUCUUUCAAUGUCUUGAAAGGGCUGGCGAAAUGAAUCCAGUCGAUAUGGACCAAGCUGAAUUCAGGAGUACAACUAGGCCUGAGAUGGUGACAAAUACUGUAGAAUUAACGAGACCCUUACAAUGCGAGGAAGACUUAAAAUCCUCUGGUGAAAUCGAGUUUUUUAUACGUUUGACAUGUUUGGGCAAUCGUAUCAUCACUUACUUUGUUGCUUUGCCAGAAAUGGAGCGAUUGCCGGGCCGUAAAUAUUUAACAGAUGACUUGAAAUUAAAAGACGUGGAAGUCGUGAGGCAUUGGGAAGGUACAACUAUUGAAGCUGUCCCGCCAGUAGCCUACUUCUUUGGUGCUCCAGAUAUUAGCAAAGAACCUAUUCGACCUGUGGAAGAACCGAAGGUUUACGAUGAUUUUGUAGCCCCAUUCACGUCAAGUGAAUUGGCAAUUCUUGCAAUGGGAUUUCCGAAGGGCCCUUGUGGUGGUACGAACUGUCCAAAACGUAUGGAGUAUAGAGGAAGUCAGCAUCAAUUUAUCCAUGGAGAAAAAGUUAAAGGGAAGCCUUAUAAGCCAGGGCAAUUUGUUAAUAAAAGAGACGUGCAUGGCCCAUGCGGACGAUUAGAUUGUCCUUUAGCAAAGAAAGUUCGUGCCUAUCUUUGUUCGGAAGGUAGCUAUAAGCCGUGCAAGAAACCAUGCUGUAAAGAUUAUUACUGA